UAAUACAUGAACUUUUUAUUUUUUUCAUAUUUUUCGGUUUUUUUUUGCUCCUCAGUCAGUGUCAAAAUCGAUUUUUAAAGGGUGAGUUUAGCGCAUACUCACAAUAUUACCAUAGAAUAGCAAGGAAAAAAAAAAAAUAAGAAAAAAGUAAAAAGAAAAAAAAAUUUUCCUUUCAAAUUAGUUUUUCAAUUUUGUGGGGAAAAUAAAAUUACAAAAAAGAAAAAAAAAAUUUUUUUCAUUUCAUUAUAAAAUUCGAUUUUUUCCCUUAACUUCUAAAUUUUUUUUCUAAUGGUAAAAAAGCACAAUAAUAAAUAAAUAAAAUAUAAAAAAAUAUAAUAAGAAAAACAAAUAAAAUCACGGUAAAUAAAGUAAAAUAAAAUUUAAAUUUGAAUUAAAAUUGGUAAAAAAAAAAGGCAAUAAUACGCGAUAAGUAAAAUUAAUUUUAAUUUUUUGAUAAAGGUAAAAUAAAAUCAAAUAAUAAUAAUAAAAUUAAAAGUGUUCUAAAAUUAUUGUGUAAUCACAUAAAAAGCAAAAAUAAUAAAAAAAAUUUGUUUUUAAAUAAAAUAUAAGUGAAAUUAAAUAAUAAAAGCAUUUUUGUCUUUUAAAUUCAACCUACACAUAUAUAUAUAUAUACAUACAAAUUGUAUAUAUAUACACCUAUAAAUAUAAAAUAUAAAUAAUUUUUCUGAUAUACAUAAUAAUAAUAUACAUAACUUUGUGUGUAUAUCUAUAAAGCGAGAGGAGGGUUGACAAUAUUUAAUAAAAAUAUUCAACAUAUUCAACUAUAUACAUAUAUAUAUACUAUAUAUUUAAUAAUAUAAAUAAUAUAUAUAUAGUGUACAAUAAAUAAAUAAAAUAAAUAAAUAAAUAAUAAUAUUUAUAAUAUGUAUACAUAAUAAUAAUAAUAACAACAACAAAAAAAAAAAAAUAAAUAAAUAAAAUAUUUAACAAAAUAAAUAAAAAAUUCGAAAUUCGAAAUUUGAAAAGAAAACAUUUUUUAAUAUUUUAAAUAAAAUAUAAUAUAUAUUAAUAUAAUCGCAACAUUAUAUAUCGAAAAAAAAUUUUUAAAAUAAAAUAAGAAAAAAAAAACAAAAAUCAUAUAAGGAAUCAAAAAAAAAAAUUAAAAUGGCAGCAAACACAGGAAUUGUAUUAAAAUCAUUAUCAAUUUUAUUGGGAUUAUUUUUUGUAUUUGUUGGUACAUUAAAAUUAACACCAGCAAUUAGUAAAGAUUUAUAUAAAGAUUUGCGUACAGAAUAUGUGAAAUACGCAAAAGUAUUUCCAUUAACAGCUCUAUUGGGAUUUAAAAUACCAUCAAAAUGGUAUAGAAGAUCAGUUGGUAUUUUGGAAAUUGUUUGCGGCCUUGCAAUGGCUUUAAUUCCAAAUCAUAAAGUAAAGAACACUGCCAAUGUUACAUUACUUUUAUUGAUGCUACUUGGUGUCUAUCAGCAUUAUAUGGUCAGUGAUCCAUUUGAGAGAUCAGGACCAGCAUUAGUCUUCACAUUUAUGUUAAGUGGAAGACUUGUUGUCUGGUAUCAGACUAAUAAAAAAGAACAAGAAUUAGGUGGAACACCACAAACACAAGCAAAUGGAGUUAAACAGGAUUAAAUUGAAUUUUAUUUUUUUGAACCCUAAAUUAAUAAUGAGCACACGCAUAAAUAAAAUAUAAGGAAAAAGACUCAAAACUAACAAUAAUUAAGGAAAAAAAAAAAUUUAAAA